AUGCAUUACUACCAGUUAUCCUCCACCUAUACGAAUUCUAGCGGUAAUAGCAACAACGGCAGAAGUGAAGCAAGUGGCAGCAAUGCCUCUGUUACUGCCGGGUCAGCACCUCCCACUAGCGGGCGUCACCCAGUUUAUCGUGGAGUAAGGCGUCGGAGUACUGGAAAAUGGGUGUCCGAAAUUCGCGAGCCCAGAAAGCCUAAUAGAAUCUGGCUAGGCACAUUUCCUACACCUGAAAUGGCUGCAGUCGCUUACGAUGUGGCAGCGAUUGCUCUCAAGGGUCAACGUACUGAACUUAACUUUCCCAACUCAGCCUCUUCUUUGCCGGUACCCGCCUCCACUUCCCCACGCGAUAUCCAAGCAGCAGCAGCCUCUGCCGCCGCUGCUUUAGGGGCUGCAGCAGCUGCUAUGGGGGCUGCAAGAGAUGCUUCAACCGGAAAUGAGGGUGGUGGGGCGCGAAGCACACUUGAGCCAGAAAUACCAGAUUCUGAUGGAUUUGUUGAUGAGGAUUUGAUCUUUGACAUGCCCAAUGUUCUUGUGAAUAUGGCUCAAGGAAUGCUUCUUAGCCCACCUCGCUUGGACAUUGCAGGCGAUGACGCUGAAAACGCCGAGUAUCAGAACCUUUGGAAAUUUCCUUAA